CCUGCGGGGAGUGGGGGAAGGCGCCGGUGAGGCGGCGGCGGCGGAGGAACCGGAGCGACGGGGCCGGUGUCCGCUCACCUGCCGCGGCGCCAGGAGCAGCACGGCGGAGCCUCCGCCGCCUCCACAGCCGCUAAGCCCGGCUCCACCGGCGGCACCAUCCCGGCGCGGGCGAAGGAGGCGGCGAAAACUCCCUCCACGCCGCCUCCGCCCGGCUCCUCCCGCGGGUCGCGCCCGGCGGGGUCUGCGGGCCGGCGUGCCGCGCCGUGCGGGGCAUGGCCGCCGCAGCUCCCUCCCCUCCUCCGGCACCGCCCCGGCACCGCCUGCUCCGUUAAGAAGCGCCGCCCGGCGCCUGGCGCCGCCCCGCAUGCCCGCUACCCGCCCUGCUGUGCCUGUGCGCGGCCGCCGCCGCCGCCGCCGCCUCCGGCAGCCGCGGUGACUACCGGCUGGCCGGGCUGUUCCAGCUGCACGGCCCGCUGCCGCCGAGCAACGCCCGGGCUUCUGGGGCACGGCUGCCGACGACACCACCGCCUUCUCCCCGCCGCAACUACUGCAUGUCCCAGAUCCUGCGCUUCGCCGUGGAGGAGAUCAACAACUCCAGCACCCUGCUCCCCAACGUCACCUUGGCCUACGACAUCCACGACGCCUGCUCGGACCUCGCAACCUCCACGCCACGCUGCUCGCCCUCGCACAGAGGGGAGGGCAGGAGAUCGAGGUGCUCUCCACCUUCUGCCGCUAUGAGCCCAGCGUGGUGGCUGUCAUCGGCCGGACAGCACCCAGCUCACCCUCACCACAGCAUCCGUGCUCGGCAUCUUCCUUGUGCCAUCGGCCUGAAGCGGUUCUACCCCUCGUUCCUGCGCACCAUUCCCAGUGACGGGCAGCAAGUGAAGGCCAUCUUCCAGCUGCUGCAGCACUUUGGGUGGACAUGGGUCGUGCUGCUGGGGCAUGCAAGUGAGCCCGGAGCUCCAGAGCCUGGUCAAAAUGCUCAUAGAAGCCAAGGUCAACGUCACCAUCGUCUUUCUCCACAGACAAAGUGCCGCUCUUUCUUUGAGGUGGUGGUCCAGAGGAACAUCACGGGCAUGGUGUGGGUGGGCUCCGAAGACUGGUUGUUAGCCCAAGCCGUCUGGCAGGUGCCUGGCAUCCAGAGCAUCGGCUCGGUGAUUGGGAUGUCGGUUGAGAAGGCAGAGUCCACGAUGCUGGAACGGUUCGUAUCGUGGAAGAUGGCAGAGGAAGGCGCUGCGGCUGGAUGUGCCGGCAGCACGGAGGCAGGUGAGGUGAUCGAAAAGAGCACCCAGCCCAACUGCACCCAGUGCUGCACCGGCUGCCGCUGGCUCGCUGCUGCCCACAGCGUGUAUGAUGCUCAGUCCUCCUUCCGCCUGUACUCGGCUGUGUACGCCGUGGCCCACGGCCUCCACGACCUGCUGGGCUGUGCCUCAGGGACAUGCAUCAAGGGCCCAGUGUAUCCCUGGAAGCUCCUACAAAAAAUCAAGCAAGUAAACUUCACCCUGUACAACAACCACAUCUCUUUUGACGCCAGUGGGGACAUUCGUAAAGGCUACGACAUCAUCAUGUGGAACUGGAGUGGCCCAAGCUGGUCUUUCGGUGUGAUAGGAACCUUCCACAUGAACGCUGACAGGCUGAGCAUCGACGAUGACAAAAUCCUGUGGCACACAGAAGAUGGCCAGGUACUGCUCUGCAUCCAGAUCUUAUUUAUUGCUUACUGCCAAGCCAGCUAUAUCCCCACCACCGCUGGUUCCGGGGUAUUUCCCCAUAGCAGGACAAAAAUGAGAACAGACAGAGGUGGUAGGGGGGUGAUUUGUGUUCUGAGUAUCAGCUUUUAUCCUUCCAGAAAACAAGCAGGGCACACAAACCACAAGGUCUCCUACUUCCACCUUGCUCCCAGCUCGGUGUGCACCGGGCCCUGCCAACCGGGGGAGAGGCGGCUGCACUGGAACCGCCACCGAUGCUGCUUCAACUGUAUGGCCUGUCCACCAGGAACCUUCCUGAACACAUCCGCUCCUGUGGGACUCAUGCCUCUCAGCCCGAGCAAUGGACUUUUGGGAAGUCCAUUGGGAGGCCUUUUGGGAAAAGAGUCCUCUCAAGACUGGGCAGCACCCAAGGGGGAAGGAAGAGGACAUGAGAAGUGCGCAGCUCUCACAGGCAGCCUGAGUGCAGGGCGCUCCACCGCGGCACAUCUCUUACCGUGGUCCGUGGUGUGCGAGGUGCCUCUGUCACUGCUCGUGUCCUCUGCAGACCCCUACAGCUGCCAGCACUGUGAGCUGGAGGAGUGGUCCCCAGAGAGGAGCGAGGUUUGCUUCAACCGCACCGUCGAGUUUCUGUCGUGGUCCGAGCCCAUGUCCUGGGCACUGCUGACCCCCACCGUGCUCCUCAUGCUGCUCAUGGCAGGGCUGGCCAUCCUCUUCGCCCUGAACGCCUCCACACCGGUGGUCAAGUCCGCGGGUGGCAACAUGUGCUUCCUCAUGCUGGGCGCUCUGGCCUGCGCCUGCAGCAGCCUCUUCGGCUACUUCGGGGAGCCCACCCGGCACAUGUGCCUGCUGCGGCACCCCCUCUAUGCCAUCAGCCUCACCAUCUUCCUGUCGUGCGUGGCAACGCGCUCCUUCCAGAUCGUCUGCAUCUUCAAGCUGAACGCGCGUUGCCCGGCUCUCUACGAGGCCUGGAUGCGGCGCCGGGGGCCGGUGCUGUUCGUCGCCGCCAACACGCUGGCGCAGGCGGUGCUGUGCCUGGCGCUGGAGGCCGCCAACCCCUCGCUGCCGCACAGGAACUACCGCAUCCGUGCGACGCGGGUGGUGCUGGAGUGCGCGCCGAGCUCCGCGGUGCGGCAGGCCACCACCGCGUACACCGUGCUGCUCAGCGCCUGCUGCUUCGCCCUCAGCUACGCGGGCAAGGACCUGCCCGCCAGCUACAAUGAGGCCAAGUGCCUCACCUGCAGCCUGCUCCUGCACCUCGCGGGCUCCGCCGUCUUCCUCUGCACCCAGGACGCCUUCUCCGGCCGGGAGCAGGGGGCGGUACAGGCGCUCAGCACGUUCUGCACGGUGGCCGCGCUGCUGGCCGGCUUCUUCCUCCCGAAGGCGUUCGUCAUCCUGCUGCGGCCGCACCGCAACACGCCCGAGCACUUCCAGGAGGCGAUCCAGAGCUACACCCGGCGCCUGGCCGCGGCUUAGACCGGCCCGGUACCGGCCCCUCCGCGGCGUCACAUCCACCGCGCCUCCCCGAACGCCACAUCCGGCGCGCUGCCAUGGC